AUGCACUGUCCUAUGGGUCCGUUCGAUAUUCUUCUUCUUCCUCUCUUCCUCUCCCCUUCCUCCUGUCUUCCUCUCCCCUUCCUCCUCUCUUUCUAUCCCCUUCCCCCUCUCUUCCUCUCCCCUUCCUCCUCUGUUCCUUCACCUCCCUCCCUCCUUCCUCCCAGCAACCUGCGCAACAACCAGCUGACAGGCCCCGUACUGCAGCCCAUCCCAGCAAACCUCACCGUCUACGAUCUCGACAACAACUACCUCUCCUCAGGCUUCUCCUCCCCGCCCAACUGCUCCCAAGGCUCCAUCUCCUUCCGCUUCAACUGCCUCCCAACCCCCACCCGAGACUUCUCCUGCCCCACGCCUACCACGCCCUCUGCUGCGGAUGCAGCGGUGCAGAGCCCGGAGGAGCUCUGUGAUGUGUUUUGCGGCGUGAGUGCUGCCGACCCCCCGUGUGGCGGGCAUGGCUCCUGCUAUGUGGACGGGUCCAGCAAAGUGCCCACGUGUCCUGCGAAGCUGGGUUUGUCAACGGGGAGCUGCCUGGAAGCUGCAUACCUGAGGGAAGUGAGUGCAGGGGCAGCAGCCACAGCGGCAGGUGACGCAGGGGAUGGGUUUGCGUUUGUGAUUGCAGCCAGUGACGCUGCUACAGGCGGUAGCAGUGGCAGCAGCGAUGGCAGUGGGGGUGGCGGCAGUUUGGGGUAUGAAGGGAUGGAUGAGCGCAGCAUUGCUGUGGAGUUUGACACAGCCAGGAGAACCGAUGCCAACGAUACCAACAACAAUCAUGUGGGGUUCAGUGUGAGGGGCAACACCUCUUCCAUCGCAACUUCCAAAGCGCCAUUCACUCUCAACGACGGCAAGCCAAAGCACGCAUGGAUCGUCUUCGAUCCUUCUCCUUCCUCCUUUGGUUCUUCUGCCGGCACUGGCUAUGGCAGAAGCAGCAAUGGUGGCACGGGGUCGCUGCGAGUGUUUCUGUCGGGCAAGGCAUCUCACCGGCCAGGCAAGGCAAUGGUGGCGAUGCAGGUGUCGCUGUGCGAGUUCCUGCAGCCCAGUGCAGCCGAGGCGUCGUUCCUCAUGGGCUUCACUGCUUCCUCCUCUGACUCCCCGCAGCAACACUCCAUCCUCACUUGGAACAUCACCGCAGCGUCGUUCCUCAUGGGCUUCACUGCUUCCUCCUCUGACUCCCCGCAGCAGCACUCUAUCCUCGAGUGGAACAUCACCACAGGCGACUGCUGGGCGUACGCGGUGGUGGGCAGCGUGGAAAUGGCCUACAGCAUUCUCUUCAACCUCUCCGCCGUGCCGCUCCUCUCCGUCUCCCAGCUGCGCGACGCCCUCGGCGCCUCAUGCUCGCAGGGCAACUCGCCCUCCCAGGCCUUCCAGUACCUCGUCACUCUCAACGCCAGGAGCAAAGCAGGGCUCGCGGAGGCUGGAGCGGUGGUGAGAGGGAGCGGGGGCAAGAAGAGAGGCAGCCAGAGCCCGCUGUGUGGCAUGCCCGUCUUUGCUCUGCUCGUGCAAGCGCUUGGAAUCCCCUGCGGCAGAGGCCGGGCCCCCGGAACGAGCAAGCCAUCAGGAGGGCCGUUCAGAGUGGGCGGGUUUGAGCGCACGGCAUUCCACGGCUGGUUUGGGCUGCUGCUGGCCGUGCAGCGACAGCCCGUGGUGGUGCAUGUGCAGGCCACCGCCCCCUCCUUCCUUAACUACGAUGGGUACGCGGACCCCUCGUGCUUCACGUACAACCUGAACCACGUGGUGCUGCUGGUGGGCUAUCGCCUCACCGGCUCAGACCCGACCUUCCCGCACAUGGCGCCGCCCUUCUGGAUCAUCCGCAACUCAUGGGGCCCGGAGUGGGGCGACGGCGGGCACAUGCGGAUGGACAUCCAGGGGGGCGACGGCGUGUGUGGGAUCAACACGCUGCCUGGGAUCUACCCGGUGGUGCGUGCUGCCAAGGACCCCUGCAGCGUCAACGGCACCAGCAGUGGGGUGUUUGGGCCGCUCUUCAACCCCUGUGGCAACUUCACGUGCACGCCCACGCCUGAUGGGGCCAGCAACCACUGCGACUGCAACGACCCGCGAUUCGUCGAGGCGCUUCAACCGGACAACUCGCGCACCUGUGCUUACAGUGAGCUCUCCCCUGUGCUUACAGUGAGCUCUCCCCUGUGCUUACAGUGA